CCGCCCCCUCCAAGAUGAUGCUUAGCCCGGACCAAGCUGCCGACUCCGACCACCCCUCCUCGGCGCCCUCCGACCCGGAGUCCCUGGGGGGCGCGGACGCCCGGCCGCUCAGCUGCUGCGUCUCCGACCCGGAGCCCGCCGAGGGCGGCGGCGGCGGCGGCGGUGGGGAGGGCCGGGUCGGGGGCCGCCCCGGGCUGCACCCCCCGCCGCUGAGCCGGGAGGAGAAACGACGGCGGCGGCGCGCCACGGCCAAGUACCGCUCGGCUCACGCCACGCGUGAGCGGAUCCGCGUGGAGGCCUUCAACCUGGCCUUCGCCGAGCUGCGCAAGCUGCUGCCCACCCUGCCCCCCGACAAGAAGCUCUCCAAGAUCGAGAUCCUGCGCCUCGCCAUCUGCUACAUCUCCUAUCUCAACCACGUCCUGGACGUGUAGCGCCCGACCGCCCCCACGGACC